AUGGCGCGUUCAGUGCACAGGUCGCCAGAUGUGGACGACGAAGGCAGUGAACCCGAACACUCCGACCCUCCUGCUCCCGCGCAGGCCCGCAGGCAAAGGCCCAAUUCAGCGCGUCCGCAUGUAGCAGAUGAGGCACUCUUUCGGAUCGACGGAAGACCCGCGCGAUUCUACUUGUAUAAAGUAGGUUUUGGCGCCCUCACGGAGGGUCAGGCCGAGGCGUUGGCAAAUAAAAUUCUGGCUCAUGGCGGGGAACUCGCGGACGAAGAGGAGGAAGCCGAUACAAUCAUUGUCCAGUACGUGGGGGUCGACCACCUUCGACGAAUAUAUUGGGACUCGCGCACCGUCUGGGUCGAAGAGGUGGCGUUUGUCGAAAUUUGCAUCAACUCGAAGAAAUACGUGGAGAACCUACACACACCCAUACGAAAGGGCAUGGGCGGACAGCCCACAGGUGCCAGCCGUGUUGCCUUCACUGCUGAAGAUGAUCGGCACUUGGCUGAAUACCUCGCCUUCGUUGUACCGGACGCGGCCGAAGGCGGACGUGGAGGAAAAGAGAUCUACAGACGGCUCGUGGAAUCUGCCAAGGAGUUCAGACACAGAGAAUGGGCAACUCGUCACACGAUGUGGUCCUGGCGAGAGCGUUACAACAAGCGCAAGGAUAAGUUCGACCCCGUCAUUGACAGGCUAGUCGCAGACAAUCCGCCCCGCCGAGAUGGUAAGGGUCUGUAUGAGCGCAGUCGGUACUACAAAUCGGGGGGUCCCCAGGUUGAUGACCCUGGCUCUGGGUCGGACGAGGGAGACCGAGUCGAAGGAGAAGGCGACGUCAAUGCGGUGCAAGAACAGGCUCAGAACCAGCCGAGAGGGAGCGGACAGAACGUACGGCCUCCUCGCCAACGCCAGUCUGAGCCUGCUAUUCAGAGGCGGCAGAGCGAGAGCGUUUCUCCGCCUCCUCGCAAGAGGGCAAGACAUACGGACGUAGCCCAGCGACGACUGUCGUCUGUCGAGCAGGCGCGAGCUUCGCAGCAGCCUCGGCCGUCCCCUUACGGGCCUCGGUCAACGCGGCGUUCAUUGCUCGCCACCUCGCGAGAGGACAUCCCGUUCGAAGUGUCCAGUGCUGAAGAGGACGACAUGCGGAUCGAGCCAUUCAACGUAGACCCGGACCGUCUGUUCGGCGGCGACGCUCGACCGGGACCCGAAGAUGCAGGACCCUCCGGCGCCCAACGCUCUUCGCGGCCCCUUUCACCCAGCCGGCGACCAAACACGCAUCUCGCGCAGAAGACCCGCGUGCCUACCAAACCAAUCUCUCAGACUGCUCAGCGUGGGGCUGCCUCACGACCGGCCAAACCCGGGCCCUCGCAGGUGCCGAUGAGUUCUCAAGCCACUCUGGUCGGCGCUGCCUCUCAAGCACGCCAGCUUCCUGCUCCGCCAAGUACCUGGGGUGGUCCGACGCAGGUGGCCCGAGAAGAGGAAGAGAUGGCGGACGAAGAGGCUGCAGCUCCUGGUCCAUCGCGUACGCAGCAACGGCCCCUUGCCAAGCGAUUAGACGUGGAGGAGGAACUAUGGCCUCAAGAGGCACCUAAGCGACGCAUACCUGCUCCAGCUCCCUGGGUGGCUGCCGCGGUUGCGCUAGCUGGUGCUGAGCGCGCUGGCAAGCGCAAGAGGAUCGGCGCCGUGUCUAGGGCUUCGGUGUCUGGCGUCUUUUCUAGCGCAGAGGUUCCUCGCAGCACACAAGCCAAGAAGCCAGCGGAUCCAAGAACUGUCGCUAGGGAUGACGCUGCAGCGGCGGGCUCAUCUGGUGAGCGACAGGAUGAACGAGAUUUGUCGUACGAAGGGGACGUGCAAGGUUCUUCCCGGAAGACGGUGGACCACGGCGACGGAGGGCAAUUGCGCACAAUUGUUGAAACUCAAGAGGGCGACGACGACGACAGACAUGUUGAAGACUUACUCGCGCUGAGUACCUACACGACGAGUGUGGCCAACGCAAGCGCUAGGCACACGUUCGAGGCGGUCGAGGAAGGACUCGAGAGUGACGACGAGCGCGCACAACGGACACUCCUAGGCGGCUCCGGGCUAUUUGGUCCGAACACGUCAGCCUCGAACCGCGACCACGGAAUGCAGCUUCCGAUGCGUGACGCAGACCUUUAUGAAGAAGCCUCGAAGCCCGCACACCGUACGUCAGACCUACCUCACGCGCAACGCUCGUCUGCGCGACCAUCCAUCAGACCAAUGAACAGACCACUUCCUGCGACUCCCGUCCCACCGGGUGCGUUGGGCCGCACUAUCUCCUUAGGCUCGGAGACGGAUCCAAUCCCUGUGCCUGGGACGCGAGCGAGGGAAGAGAAGGUGCGUAGGCAGGAGCAGUUGAAGAAGACGCCAUACACGCCCCCGUCUGGGACCCGCGCUGCACAAGCUGCUGAGACCUAUGAGCUGCGAAGUCGACAAAUAUCUCGCCCCGUUAGGACGACGUAUCGGCGGUGA